AUGAAAGAUAAAGUUGCUUUUAUGAUUGAUCCUAACCGGGAGCUUGAAUUCGAAUACAUAAAAAAUGCAACAAUCAUUUCCAAUAUUAACAUUAAAAAUAUUUCAACUCAGCAAUUAGCAUUUAAAGUUCGAACUACAGCUCCUAAAUCUUAUUUAGUCAGGCCAAAUCAAGGAAUUUUACUCCCUGAUGAAACCAAAGUUAUUCAGAUCGUUAUGAAUCCGACUCCUGAGUACCCUGGUGAAGUGACUCAUAGAUUUCUAGUUCAAGUGCUUCAGACUAAGUUGGGCCCUUACCACUAUUCUCCACAAGAUUUUAAUGGUUUAUGAGAAAAUUCUAAAGGGGAAGCACUCAAAGCUAAACUUUAUGUGAGAAUUAAAGACGGCAAGGAAAAACAAGCUCAAAAUAUGGAAAAAAAUGAAAAAGACUCUGAAAACAUGAUUAAAAUUGAUGCAUUGAAAAUACUUAAAAACGAAGUGGAAAAGCUAACUGAGUUUAAUACCGAGCUAGAAUUGAAGCAAAAUAAUUUUGAAAAUAAAUUGAAGUAUCUAAAAGAUGAAAUUCAAAGAGAAGAAGGAAUUACUCAAAGACUUACUGUGCAGUCUACAUCAGACAAUUCUAAUCUUUAUUUCAUUAUUGCUCUUUUUCUAGGCAUAUUAGUUGGCUAUGUGUAUCCAAUUCGAUAG